GUAAGAUAGCACGUGUAUUUGUUGAUCAUGGUUGAUCUUGAUGCUUGCUUUCUAACUGGAGGAAUAACUGCUCUUGUCUCCCGUUCUCUACUAUGAUAAAUACAAUUAAGUGUCCGAAUUAUGACAGACGAAACGUUGAGAUGUGUUUCUACGUGCUUUCUGGCCUGUGUCCCUGUCGUCGAAGUGAGGAAAUUGCUGGACAGGGUGCCGAGCGAACUAUUCACAGAGGAAUUUCAGGAGCUGCUGGUGGGUUGUACUAUUCUCCAUCCGACUGCGGCAGCUUUUCCACCGAGAACAGCGUACGUCAGGAACUUUCUGAAGUGCCUUAUCAACAAGCUUGAAGCGGACAACAUCGAAAUUGCUGAAAGCCUUUACGUUCACUUCGCCGGGAAACUCGGCAGCGUAAGCGGUGAAGAAGACGCCCCUGGCUUUGUCACCUACACCAUUGAUGAUCGCACAGCGGUGACGUUAAAAGAGCACACUGCUGUUGUAAUAAAUGGAACGACGGGGCUCAGAACGUGGCAGGCAUCGAAGUUGCUGUCAGAAUGGUGCCUUGAAAACAGGCAUCUCUUGCGCAGCAAGCGCAUUGUAGAACUGGGAUGUGGUGUUGGAUUGACUGGCAUGGUCGUCUGCAAGACCUGUUGCCCUCUAUCUUACACGUUUACCGACGGUCACGAGGCUGUGCUUCAGUCCGUGGAGGAGAACCUCAGGCGGAACAGUGUCACAGAGUGCCACACAAGUGUCAAAAUGCUUCGUUGGGGUGACCAUGAAAGCUUCAAGGAACACUGCGCUGCUGACGUAAUCCUUGGAGCUGACCUGGUGUUUGACCCAGCGGUCGUGCCAGCCCUCGUUUCGACCUCUUGCCGCACUGCUGGCACAUGGCGGUACGGCGUACAUCGCAUCGACUGUUCGAAAUUGCGAAACCCGUGCUUUGUUCCUCAGUAAAUUAGCAGAUGAGGCAUUGCUGCAGUAUGAGCCAUGCACAGCUCCGCGAGAGAAGAUUUUCUUCUACGAUCGCUCGUGUCCAGUUGAAAUAGACAAGGUCACAGCGUGCCCUAGGUGACAGAAAUAUAAACACUGUAUUAGAUUACAUAUUUUUUGACGAAGCACUGCAUUUUCUGCAACCUUUUCUCGGGUGAUAUACCACAUGCAGUCAAGUGUUUAAUAAUUACGGGUGUGGUUAAUGAAUGUGCCGAGAGAGAGAAAAGAUAAUUUGUUGAAGUGUUUGGGUUAUCAGAGGCCAGGGACUCGCUGUCAAAUUUUAUCAAAGCCGACUCAGUGAAAUCUGGCCUAUCCCCUUGGCCCUUCGGGGUGGUGGCUGAGCUUAGCUUCGAUCACUUGCUGAACGAGUUGAAAAAAAAAAAAAAAAAAAAAACAUGGCUAGGGAGGAGGGUAACUCGUAAUCGUCCUUAGCUCUCUUAAUAUGAGACGCUUCACUUAAAUUGUGACGCGAAUGUUUUACUGUAGCUGUACCCUACGUGUCUACAAGAUUUGUCCAAACCGUUUCAGGGACCCUUUAAGCAUGCCGCAAUUGGUAGCAUGAAAUUGUUUUAUUAACUGUUGUAUUCAGAGCAUGGGUUUUGAAUAUUAUGAUCAAGUGCCUUUCCUAGAAUGGCGAUUCUGGGUAAAAAAAUAAACAUGCCUUAUUUAUAGAAAUACAGUAAAUCUAAUAUCGUUAUUGCUGUCAAACUGAGGUCUUUAUUGCAUGAGUGAAAGUGCAAGUGUUCCCAAUAGAAAGAUGCUAGGUUCAGCUAUCAUGCAUUGACUAUCCUUUCAACUAUUAAGCCUAAACUGUUCUCUUCAUAAAAAUUUGUAUGAAUUACAUAUAUGACAAAACUUGCUCAUCAGGGUGCAGUUAGUUUGCUUUUGACUAACGUUGAAAUAAGCUACACUUGUGAGCUCAUCUCAGCUAAGGCAGUUGAGUUUGGGCGCUUAAUUUAUUUUUUUAUGUGAUUUGCAUUGGUUUUACUCUUCAGACAGUAAUUUUUCUAAGUAGUACCGACUUUUGAGCUAAUUGCUUUGAUACAGUUAUAGGUAACAUAGCACUUCAGUUACACAGACAGGCAAUACAACCAGAUGUGUGCUAGUAAUAUUUAUUAUGUACAUGUGCUUUGAAGAAAAUCCUACUUUUUAGAUCAAGCUUCCUUAGAUAUAUAUGUAUAUAUAUAUAUAUAUAUAUACAUACAUAUUUUCUUUCGGUAAAAACUGUGUGUGCAAUGUAUUUUUUUUAAUCGGAACAUGUGUAAUAGCUCGACUCAAUAAAAUAAAAAUUAAAAUUU